AUGGAAGGAGAUUCAAGUUUUUCAGCAAUGGCACCACCAGUCUUCAAUGGUGAAAAUUAUCAAAUUUGGGCGGUACGAAUGGAAGCCUACCUAGAAGCUCUGGAUCUAUGGGAAGCAAUUGAAGAGGAUUAUGAAAUUAAUACGCUACCUAGCAAUCCAACGAUGGCUCAAAUCAAGAAUCACAAAGACGAAAAAACUAAAAAAGCUAAGGCAAAGGCAUGCCUCUUUGCUGCAGUUUCACCAACAAUUUUCACUCGAAUCAUGACUCUAAAAUCAGCCAAAGCCAUAUGGGAUUACCUAAAAAGAGAAUACGAUGGAGAUGAACGAAUCAAAGGCAUGCAAGUGUUGAAUCUCAUUAGAGAAUUAGAAUUGCAAAAGAUGAAGGAAUCUGAAAAUAUCAAAGAGUACUCUAAGAGGCUUCUAAACAUAGCAAAAAGAGUAAGAUUGCUUGGUUCUGAAUUUAAGGACUCUCGUAUUGUUGAAAAAAUUUUGGUUACCGUACCUGAAAGAUUUGAAGCUACCAUAACCACCUUAGAAAACACUAAGGAUCUAUCCAAGAUCACCUUGGCAGAGUUGUUGAAUUCCUUGCAGGCACAAGAACAAUGA